AUGGAUUUACAAGUUUAGAAACUUUAGCAAGAAAUCACAGAGUAUUAUUCAUAACAUUAUUUAAUAGUCUUAAAGAAUAUGAGUAGAUGCUUGAAGAUUAAAUAAAGGAACAUGAAGAAACAAUAGAUAAAUAAAAGUUAGAUUUAAAUACUAAGGAGACUGAGAUCAAGAGUCUUAAAAAAUAAUUAUAGGAUGCAAUCAAAAAGGCAGAUGUCAUAGUAUUAUAUAAAAAUCAUUUAAGAAUAAUUCUGAUGAUGUGAGUGGAGCAAAAAUAAUCUAAUUGGAGGUGGAGAUUCAUGAUCUAAACUAAUAAUUACAAGAAUCUGCUUAAAAAAUUAAAGCACUUACUCAAUAACUCAAGUAUUUAUUUUAAUAUAAAUUAGUGCUAAAAUUGAAGAGAAUGAAAUAGAGAUUGAAAUCCUAAAAGAUGACCAUCAAAAAUCUUUGAGUGAUUAGCAGAUUUAAAUUGAAGCAUUAUAAAAGACUAUAAAUGAAUUACAACAGAUUCAAAAAAAUGGGGAAACACAAUAAUCUCAAGAAAUUGCUCCAACCAAAUUAAAGUAAGUAAUUCUAUGAAAUUAGUGAUUAAGAGGAAUUAUUAUAGAAAAUUGAAAAUUUAACAAAUCAAAUUGAAUAAUAUGGAAAACAGCUUGAAAUUAAAGAUAAAUAGAUUGAGUAGUUGUAAUUAAAUUAAGGGAAAUAAGGAAGUAUGGAAGAAGUUGGUAAGAGAUCAUAAGAGGAGGAUUAGAAUUUAGAAGAGAAGAUUGCACAAUUAGAAGAGGUUUUGUUGCAGUAUUAAGAAGAGAAUUCUUAAUUUGUUGCAAAAGAAGAAGAAAAUCAAAAGGAAAAAUAAUUACUGAAAUAAUAAUUAGAAUCAUCAGAAAAAUAAAUAAAAGAGAUGCAAUAAUAAGAAUAAGAUGCAAGUGUUACACAAUAACUUGAAGAUCUGAAAUUAGAAUAUGAAGAAUUAGUUGAGGAAUAUACAUCUACUAAUGAAAAAUUAUAAUAAUAAGAAUUAGAAUGUUAAUAAUUAACUGAUAAAUGUUAAGAGUAUUUAUCAGUUAAAGAAUAAUUGUAGGAUCAAAUAACUUAAUUAGAAUCUACAUUAUAACAUCAUAAUGAAGUCUUAGAGGAAAAUAAUGAAUUGAAAUAAUUGAUGAAUAAAGCAUAAGAAUAAAUUAAUAAUCUAUAAAGUAAUAAUGAAUAUCAAACUCUUUAUCUUUAAUUGAGAGAUGAAUAUGAAGAAUUUAAGGAGUAACUACAAAUCAAUAUCAAAGAUAAAGAUUAAUAGUUAUAUUAGGCAGUUUAAUUUUGUUAAGAAUUAGAACCUUUUAAAGAAUAAGCACAUAUGCUAGAAGAAAAUAACAAACUUUUAUCUAAUUAAUUAUAAACUCAAUUAGAAAAUAAUUAAAUUUAUUAAUAGAAAAUUGAAUAAUUAGAAAAUUAAUUAAAUACUCUAAAAAAUUAAAAUUAAGAUAUUAAUGAUCUAUUAUAAAAGUUGGAUCAAUUAAAAUAAGACAAUGAAAAUCUAAAGACAUAAAAUUAUGAUAAUGCUGAAACAAUCAAGAAUUAUGAAAUCUAAAUGGAUGCACUUAAAUAAAUUGAGUGUGAUUCACCUAAGAAAAUUUCAAAAUUAUAAUAAGAAAAUUCAGAAACAACUGCAGAGUAUAUCAAAUUAAAAGAAAAUACUUAAAGAGAGAUACAUCUAUUAAAAUAAGAGAGAAGUAAUUUAUAAAAUGAAAUUGUUGAAAUUAAAUAAUUAUUAGACACUUAUAUUAAUAAUGGAGAAACUUUUGAAUCUAAGACAUAAUAUAUUAUUGAUUAUUGGAAUAAACUUCAAUCAAUUUAAGAUGAAUAAAAUAAUUUGGUUGAAAAAUUUUAAUUAGAAAUUUAAGAAUUAAAUGAAAAUAUUGGUUAAAUUCAGUCUUUGUAAAAUUUAAGUACAGAUCAUUAAUAAUUGAAUUAAGAAUUACAAAUUAAUAAUAAUGAGAAAAAUGAGCUUGCAACAAAUGAGAAUCUAAAUUUAUCUUUAGAAAAAUUAGUAACUAAUGAUGAAACAAAUUAGAAUAAUUUUCAUUUUUAAGUUAAGAAAAUAUAAUAAACUGAAUACGAUGAAAAAUCUAUAUAAACAGAUGAAUUUAUUGAAUAGAAAAAUGAAUAAUAAGUAUAAAAUUAAUAAUUAGAAUAAUAAUAAUAAUAAUAAUAAUAAUAAUAAUAAUAAUAAUAAUAAAAAGUAUUUGAAUCAUAACUCAUUUAAACUGAUGAUUUGCUAUUUACUAUUGAUUAAACCAUACCUAAAUAAACUAAUGAUUAAAUAUGCUAAACUGAUAAGUUGAAAGAAGAAGUUUCAGAAGAAUUAGUUUAAAAUAAAGAACAAGAAAAUCUUGAUCAUGAAUAAAAUGGAAAUGAUUUAAAUAAUUAGUAAAUCAAUGGAGAGCAAGAUCAUGAUUAAAGUAUUAUAACAAAAUUAUUGUAACCACCUGAAGAUCUAGAAGGACAAUUAAAUUAAAUAUAAGAUUUAAACUAAACAGAUUAGUUGAAGUAAUUAUAUAUAUUAUCAUUUUUUUAGAAAAAAAGUAGAAGAUAUGGAUAAUUUAAGAAAAUCUUUAGAGAAAGAGAUUUAAAAUCUAAAAGAUAAGAAUAAGAAAUAAGAAGAGAAACUAUAAAAUAUCUAAAAACCUGGAACACCUAGAAAGCAAUCGGAUGCUAAAGAAGAAAGAAAGAAAUAAUAGGAUAAUGAAUUAAUUUAGAGAUUAUAAAAAUAAAUCAAGGAAUUAUAAGAAGAAAUCCAAUCAUUUAAUGUUCAUUAAUUAAAUGAAUAAAUAGAAUAAUAAUCAAAUGAAAUAGAAUAAUUGUAAUAGGAAAUUGAAUAAUAUAAAGAAUAACUAAUUAAAUAAAAAUAGUAAACCAUCAAAUUUAAGAACUAAUUAGAUACAAUUUAUAAUUUAGGACCAUAAGCCUUAUAAAUGUUAUAAAGUGAACCAAAAAGAGAAUUUUCGUCUUCUUAAUUAAUUUAAUAGGAAAAAUAUUAAAUUUCAUCUUUUUUGUAUAUAAAAUCAUAAAAAUCUUAUUAAUGCUAAUUUAUUGAAUUAAAUAGGAAACAAAUAAAAGUAUUUUAAUCAAUAAAAGGAAAAAUUGAAAAAGCUAUGUUUGAUACUUAUACAUUUGAUGAAAUAUUCUUCGAUACUCAAAAAAUUCAUUAGUUUUUAGAUUAAUCAAAAUUGAAGUUAUAGAGUGAUUAAACAAAAAUAUAUCUUAUUUUAGGUUAAUCUAAAACUCAUAAAAAGUUAAUAAUGAUUAUGUUGAUAGAAUUACUUUACAAUUUAAUUUAAAAAUAAUAAUUGAACUAAAAAAUAACAUUUUGUUAUUAAGAAAGAAUAGGUAAGUAAUGGAUAGAGAUAGAAUAAUUUAAUACCCAAACAUCUUCCAUUUAAGAUUUAGAGUAUACAUUUUAAGCAAUUAAAGUUCAUUUAUUGACUAAAUAGAAAGCAUUAGGUGAAAAAAUUCGAAAACUUUCAAUUAUAUAUUAGACUUAUAUCGAUAAUUAAUUAUAGACAACAAGUACUUUUAUGAUUGCCACUUGUCCUUCUUUACCAUAAGGAGAUUUCAAAAAUAUUAUUUAAAAGAUAUUAAAUUGUUAGAUAAAUUCAAAUAUGUAAUUUAACAUAUUUUUAAAUAUUACACCUGCUUUAUAAUAUUAUCAAAAAUCUGCUGAAAUAUUAUCAAUGGCUAAAUAAAUAAAAUUAGCAAAGGGUUAAUUAGAUAUUGCUUAAUUGAGUUCUAGUAGAUCUGUUAGUGAAUAUAAUUUAGUUGAUGAUGAAGCUUAAAAAUAAUUAAGGAUAAUAAAUAAUAAAUUGAUAUUGAAAUAGUAGGAAAUUGAUUAAGGGAAAAAAGCUCUUGAUUUGUAUAUAAAAUAAUUACAGGAGCUUUAAGCAAAAUUAGACAACUAAUUAGGAUAACAUAAUACAAUAGCUGUUUUAAUAAAUAAUAUAAUACUAGAAAUUAAAUAGAAGAUUAAUAUGAAAAUGAAUUAGAAGAAGAAUAAAAAAUCUUAGAAUGUAGCAUUUUUAGAUAAAUUGGCAAUUCAAUUAGAUUAAAUUAUUAGAAAAUAACAAAUAAGUUAAUCUAAUGUCGAAAAUGUGGAUAGAUUCAUUAAAAGUAAAGCUAGUGAAAUUGUAAAUCCAUUUUUAUGA